UAAAAACAAAAAGCAUCCAAAGCAAAGAUAUUAUUUCGUGAAAAAACGGCGACGAAACAACGAAAACCGAAGAAAAAAGGAGAACUGGCAGUGGCCGCUGCAGAUCGGAGACUUCACCGGAGUCUAAUUAAUUACAACAAUGGCUACUUCUUUGCUCGUAAUAGUCAUAAUCGCUUCUCUUCAUCUAAUCGCUUUCGUAUUCGCCAUCGGAGCUGAAAUGCGCCGGAGCACGGCAACGGUAGUGCCGGAUGAGUACGACGAGACUACUUACUGCGUUUACGACUCCGAUGCAUCGACGACGUACGGUCUUGUAGCGUUUGGUUUGUUAUUGAUUAGUCACACAGUGCUUAUGGUAGUCACAAGGUGUCUUUGCUGUGGUAAAGGCUUGAAAAGUGGAGGAUCUACUGUUUGUGCCAUCAUUCUCUUCGUCGUUUCUUGGCAUCUCUUCUUAGGAGCUGAGUCUCUGUUGCUGGCUGGGUCUGUGAGGAAUGCCUAUCAUACAAAGUUCAGAUCAGCAUUGUCUCUCAAGAACUUGUCGUGUGCCAUGCUUCGCCGCGGGGUGUUCGCAGCUGCAGCAGCUUUGACAUUUCUGUCAUUGGUGUUUUCAAUCCUUUACUACACGACGCACGCGAGAGCCGAUACUGGAGGCUGGCAGAAGCAUCAGAAUGAAGGCGUCGGCAUGGUGCCUUCUAAUCUUCCACGACAAGAGCAGCAUGAUCGAAGAGCGGAAGAAUUCGAGAAGGUUUAGCUAUGGCAGGAUUUGAUCAUUAGACUUUAUGCUGGGAAAGACAGGUAGAACAAAAUAUUAACUGGUUGUUGUUAAACUAUGAAUAUGUAAAGUGGUGGCUGGUAUAUCAUAUAUGUUUUGUUUUUUAACUGUGGACUCCAAGAUUCAAUGCUUAGUGAAUUUUGGACCACUCAUUUACACUUACACUUCCAAUAUUUAAGGUUUGGUGUAUUUUCCAGUUUGAUUAUGAAGCUUUCAAAUAUUCUCUCUUAA